AUGGCCUUCACCGAAACCUGGCUAUUCUCAGAUAUCACGGACUCGGAAGUGUCUAUCCCUGGAUAUCACCACUCCCGGUCCGAUCGCCACGGGGUGAGAUCAGGUGGUGGAGUAAUUCUCUACUGGAAGACGGAUCUCAAAGUACAUCUAGUUGAAUCAAUCAGUGACCAGGAUGACAAUUUCGAAGCCCUCUGGUGCCGUGUUCAUGACGGAUGCAGAUCUCUCUUGGUCGGUGUCGUCUACAGAGCGCCAUCGGGUCCCGGAGCACGCUUGUUGGGCUCGAUAAGAAUGUAUGGUGGGCACAAAGACUGUUUAAUCUUGGGGGAUUUCAAUGCACCGGAUAUCAGUUGGGACCUACUUCUUUGUGAGCGCCGAUCUGACUCCUUCGACGCCACACUGCUUAAAACCGCUCUCGAUUGCAGCCUCGUUCAACAUGUCUUGACGCCUACUCGUAUUUUCCCAAACCAGACCCCGCACAUCCUGGAUCUCGUGCUCUCCCCGGCAGAUUCAGAUGUCACGAACUUAACCGUUCUUCAACCCAUAGGCAAGAGCGAUCAUUGUGUUGUGUCAUUCCACUGGACUCGCCGUCUCACGAUCCAUAGCUACGGAGGUCACCGUCGAAAUCUUUGGCGUGCCGACCCACUCCGCCUGAAAACGGCCGCAAGCGCUACGGAUUGGGGUAUCCCUGAACACAUUCACCUCGAUGACGCAUGGAAUCUUGUACUCUCCAAAAUGACGUCGUUAACUGAGCAGGUCGUUCCUUCCUCCCACCGAAAGCCCUUCGCUAGAGGUCCACCUUGGAUGGAUCGAGAGUUGAGGUCAAACAUGAAUAGAAGGCGUAAAUUAUGGGGCCGCUAUAGGCAAUCUCAUUCAGAACUCGACUUCUCUCACUACAAGACAGUCAGAAAUGUUUGUGUCUCAAUGAAGCGCCAGAAACGCCAACGAUACGAGCUAUCCUUGGCAAAACACUCCAGCAUCGCGCCUAAAAUGCUCUACUCUUACUUGAAAAGAAGCACUAGAGCUGGUAAUGGCAUCCCUGCUUUGUGUUCUUGUGAUCAUCAAGCUUUACUUCACGAUGAUGCUGAGAAAGCUAGUCACUUGGCUAAGCAAUACGCUUCUGUUUACGCGAAAGAAACGUCAUUUAGUUACGGAGCCGUAUCCACAUUUCCAUCUUCGUUGGCCCAAGUAGAUAUUAACACUGAUCCUGUGAUGAAACUUCUUCUUCAGUUAGAUCCGUAUAACUCACCCGGCCCUGAUGGAUUGCAUCCUUUUUUCCUCAGGACUGUGGCGGAGUACAUGGCUUCACCCAUAUGUCAAGUCUUUCGUCGCUCACUAGAAGCUGGCCGUCUUCCUUCAGCUUGGAAAGUGGGUAUCGUCAAACCCAUUUACAAAGGAGGAAGCCGACAUGAUCCGGCCAAUUAUCGUCCAAUUUGUUUGACGUCAAUAGUGUGUAAAGUUAUGGAACGGAUCCUAAAACAAGCCGUUACUCUUCAUCUUGGGGGACAGAAUGUCAUUUCUUCUGCCCAGCAUGGGUUCAGAAAAGCACGCUCCUGUACCUCGAACUUGCUCGUUGCUAAGGAGACCUGGGCAAGGUCGCUAGACUCCGGCAAAUGCUUGGACGUUGUGUUUGUUGACUUCAGAAAAGCUUUUGACAAAGUCCCGCAUGAACGGCUCCUGUUUAAGCUCCAAGGAAUCGGUAUUUCUGGGAACCUCCUGUCUUGGAUCUCCGACUUCCUAAACGACCGCUCUAUGCAAGUGAAGGUGAAUGACACAUUUUCUGCUCCUGUUCUCAUGACGAGCGGGGUCCCACAGGGCUCUGUCCUCGGUCCCGUACUUUUCAAUAUUUUCAUCAACGACUUACCAUCCACUCUUUAG